AUGGAUACGGUGCGCUUUUCAAUCAUAGAAAAUGAGAUGCGCUGGGAGGACGAGUAUCGUAUGUACUACCAGGAGGCGGAUGAUGGUAGCGAACCGACGGACAGUGCCGGUCGCUUCCGGUUGAGCAUAUCGAGCGAGAGCGAUGUCGGCGGUGUGGAGAUCUCAUCGCCGAACCAACCGCACGAUUUCGGCAGUGGACGCGAAGGUCAGGAAGAGAUCUGGGCGUACACCGAUAUAGAGUGUGGAUUGAAGGAACUGCCGGGCGGCGAACGGAUGGCCGAGCUGCUGGUGUGUAGUUUGGUACCGGCCAGUGACAUCCUGCAGGACGCCAGCGAGCAGCGGGAUACGGUACUACUGCUAGCGGUUUGGUACAGCAAGCACGACCUGCUGCGAAAGGUACUCGCACUGGAGGGUGCUAAUGCGAACGCUUGUGAUACGGCGGGUCGGACCGCACUGCAUCUAAGUUGCUACAUCGGUGAUUACAAAGCGACGGAGCUGUUGCUACAGCACGGUGCCAAAGGUCAAUGUUGGGAUCGGGAAAAGACGGUCACCCCACUGCACUGUGCUGCCAGCUGCGGUAGUUUGGAAUGUGUGACCUUACUACUCGCGCAGAACGUCGACAUCAACGCCGGCAUUGAGAAGCACUCGGCCCUGCACUACGCGGUCAUGCGCAACAGCAAGCGGUGCGUCGAGUAUCUACUAAAGCACGGUGCCAAUCCGAACACACCGCAGGUGUACACGCAGACACCGCUCCAUGUAGCAGCCGCCCUCGGGUACAGCGAGUGUAUGGACCUGCUGAUUACGCACGGUGCCGACGCCCGUUCCCAGUACGGGCAGAAGAAGAUCACCGCACUGCAUCUGGCCGCCUCCGAGAACUAUCUCGACUGUGUGCGUUUGCUGGUGGCAGCCGGUGCGAACAUCGAUGCACGCAACCGGGACCAGCAGACACCACUGCACCUGGCCUGCCUGUCACAGUGUCACGAAACCGUCACGUACCUGAUCGCCCACCGGGCCGAUGUACAUGCGGUUUAUCGCGAUGGUCGAACCGCACUGCACGCCUCGAUCGUCAAGGAGUCCCGCUUCUGGGACUGUACGCUGAGCCUGCUGAAGGCGAAGGUGGACGUUAACCGGGCGGAUAACUUCGGCUACACGCCUUUGCACAUUGCGGCACUGAACGAGUUCAGCACGUGCGUGUACAUGCUGAUCGAGUACGGUGCGGACAUUACCGCCCGAACGAACGGUGGUGUGUCGGCACUGUCGUUCAUUAUACGCCGUACGCCGGAAAUUAUACCACGCUACGUGGACAAGCUCGAUGCGGCUAUAAGCGUAAACAGCAUACACGAGAUCGGCGAUGUGGACUGUGAGAUACGGCUCGACUUUCGGCUGCUCGUGCCCAACAAUGAUCGGGGCGAGACGGAACUGCUGCUCGCGUUUAUAGAGGUCGGCCAGAAGCGCAUCCUGAAGCACCCACUGUGCGAAACGUUUCUGCUUUUAAAAUGGCGCCGGAUUAGAAAGUUUUUCAUCUUCAGCCUGUUCUACCACGGGUUGUUUGUGUUGCUGUUUACCGCGUACGUGCUUGGGGUGUAUGUGCAGGACUGCCGGGCGGACCACUGUACCGCACCACCGUACAUACCGGCCAUCGGGUACAUCAUCAUCCUGUUCAACUUGGUGCUGCUGACGAAGGAAAUCUUCCAAAUGAUGCACGGUUUCGUUAGCUACGUCCGGUACUGGGAGAACUGGUUGCAGUGGAGCAUCGUGAUCGGUAUAUUUCUCUGCACGCACAAUACACUGAGCGAAUCGAACGCCAUCAUGAACUGGCAGCAUCAUGUGGCUGCGGUAGUCAUUUUCCUGGCCUGGCUCGAACUGAUGAUGCUGGUCGGCCGUUUUCCUAUUUUCGGGCUGUACGUGCAAAUGUUCACGACUGUGGCGGUAAACUUUUCCAAGUUUCUGAUGGCUUACUGCUGUCUGCUGGUUGCGUUCGGGCUUAGUUUCUGUGUGCUCUUCCCUAACUAUAUUGCCUUCAAGGAGAUACCACGCUCGCUGCUGAAAACCAUCGUUAUGAUGGCGGGCGAGCUCGAGUUCGAAGACAUCUUCUACGGUGAAAAUCUGAAGAUUGAAUAUCCCGCCACCGCACACGGUAUGUUUCUUGCCUUCGUCCUGCUGGUGACCGUCAUCCUGACCAACCUGCUCGUCGGUUUGGCCGUCAGCGACAUCCAGGGGCUGCAGCAGUCGGCCGGACUGGACCGGUUGUCCCGCCAGGCGGAACUCAUCUCCCGACUCGAGAGUCUCAUGUUUUCGCGCCUUCUGCGCAAAGCACCGAUAAGAAUAUGGGCGAUCUUUCAGAAGAUAGCGCUGCUUAAAACCUCCCGCUGCCGGUUACACUUUCGCGUCAAACCGAAUGAUCCGCGCGAAAAACGGAUCCCACGGGAGCUUAUUACCUCCAUCUACAAGCUGGUAGCCGAGCGGCGCGAACGUAAUCAAUCGAUUAGGCGAAGGCGAACCUAUCGCAACAUGCAAACAUUCAAUAACUUCCUGCUGGACGAAGUGGACACGACCGCCGUCACGUUGCGCCGGAAGCACUUCAAAACGGUCAACAAAAAGCGCACCAUAUCGGACAGCCCGUACGGUGGGAUGCGUCCGGACACGAUGCCCCCGAUAGUGCCGGCACAUCAGCCCGCUACCGGCGCAUCGUUGAAAACGCUCGAAGAGAACCAAAAAACCAUAUUAAAACGAUUGGACGAGCUGAGCAAAGACCUCGAUAUAGUGAAAAGUAGAAUAAAAAAGCCCUAA